CCAUCAUCUUCGACUUUUUGUAUUCUUAGAUUUAGACUUGGGAUGGGGCUAAGAUCAGGUGACUAAGAGGGGGGCCUUAGUCACAUGACUAAGUAAAUCUCAGCCCUUCCACAUCAUUAAAAUCCAAUGGCUCAGAUUAAUCUAACUUAAUGAAGGACAAUAUAGUAAUUUCUUCUAAAAUUUAAUUUAUUAAUUAAAAUCAAAAAAGCAAACCUGCUCGGCUGUUCCUCUCCCUUCCGCGCGCGGCGGGAUUCUCCGCCGGUCCAACAAAUUGCGUGGGGAUUUUCUCCGGCGAUGGCGAAACUUCCCUUACGGUGGUUGCCGGUCCCGCCGCCGUUUUCCUUGCGCCGGUCCGCCGCCUGGAACACCAUUCUCCGCUAGGGAAAUCCCCAUCCAUUGAUUGAUUUGUGGCUACAGGGAGAGGGGGUGGAUUUUUAUCCCCUCGUCCAUUGAUAUGUGCGGCCAGAGAGAGAGAGAGAGCCAUUUUCCUGGGGAUUUUUCCCCAGCAGGAGAGUGAGUAAUGUUUGUAAUACAAGUUUGUAUACUUUGUAUUCAUUUGUUUGUAAUACAAGUUUGUAAUGUUUGUAAUGUUUGUUUGUAAUGUUUGUUAUUUUGUAAUGUUUGUUGGUUUCUUUUGUAGUGUUUGUAAUGUUUGUAUGACUAUUUUGUAUAUAUUGUAAUUUGUAACUUUUGUUAUUCAAGUUUGUAUACUUUUAUGUUAUGAUUUGUAUACUUUGUAUUCAUUUGUUUGUAAUACAAGUUUACCAAUCUGUAUUGUAAGUAGUGAUAUUCUGUACGUGUUGUAUGCUUUGUACUGUUUGUCGGUUUCUUUUGUAAUGUUUGUAAUGUUUGUUGGUUUCUUUUGUAUUGUUUGUAAUGUUUGUUAUUUUGUAAUGUUUGUUGGUUUCUUUUGUAUUGUUUGUAAUGUUUGUAUGACUAUUUUGUAUAUAUUGUAAUUUGUAACUUUUGUUAUUCAAGUUUGUAUACUUUUUAUGUUAUGAUUUGUAUACUUUGUAUUCAUUUGUUUGUAAUACAAGUUUACCAAUCUGUAUUGUAAGUAGUGAUAUUCUGUACGUGUUGUAUGCUUUGUACUGUUUGUCGGUUUCUUUUGUAAUGUUUGUUGGUUUCUUUUGUAUUGUUUGUAAUGUUUGUUAUUUUGUAAUGUUUGUUGGUUUCUUUUGUAUUGUUUGUAAUGUUUGUAUGACUAUUUUGUAUAUAUUGUAAUUUGUAACUUUUGUUAUUCAAGUUUGUAUACUUUUAUGUUAUGAUUUGUAUACUUUGUAUUCAUUUGUUUGUAAUACAAGUUUACCAAUCUAUAUUGUAAGUAGUGAUAUUCUGUACGUGUAGUAUGCUUUGUAAUGUUUGUUUGUAAUGUUUGUAAUGUUUGUUUCCAAUGUUUGUAAUGUUUGUUAUUUUGUAAUGUUUGUAAUGUUUGUAAUGUUUGUUGGUUUCUUUUGUAUUGUUUGUAAUGUUUGUUAUUUUUGUCCACAUGUUUGUCAUUUUUGUCAACCAUGUUUGUAAUGUUUUUUGAAUCACAAAUCAAUACAUAUAAAGUAUACAAAUUAUUAGUACUUACAAUACAAAGCGACGUGAUUUGCAGCACAAAUCAAUACAUAUAAAGUAUACAAAUUAAUAUUACAAAACAUACAAACUAUACAAACCAUACUGACAUUUUUUACAAAAAUACUAACAACACAAACUAAUGUUACAAAACAUACAAACUAUACAAAUCACUGUUCUUCCUUCAGACGAUGUCUCUCCACCGCCGCCACCGCCGCUGCCGCCGACUCUCUCUACAGCCGUCGUUACCUCUGUUUUCCCGACAACAGAUCUACUUUCUCUCUCUUCCACCGCCUCCGUCGCGAUCGUCUUUCCCUCUCUCCAUCGUCGCCGACGCGGUUGAGAUCUCCUCGCCAUCGCCACCCUCUCUUCCACCGCCGACGUCCUUCUCUCCCCGCUGCUGCUUUUCUCUCUCUCUCCUAUGGCCUGCAAUGGCGACGCAGAAGAGGAUGACUGGAGGAAAAAUCGCGAUCUCCUUUCCCUCUCUCCACCGUCGUCGGCGCCGUCGAGAUCGUCGACUUUCUCUUUCUCUCUCUCAUCCGCCGCCGUUGCGAUCUGUUUCCUCCGCCAUGGCUCUCUCUCUCUACAUCACAAAAAAGGGAAAGUAAGGAGACGUGUUGCAGAGGAAAAAAGAAUUCAAUAAUAAAUAAAACAAAACUAAAAAAUAGGAGUUAAUAAAUUAUUGAUAAUACCAAAACUACCCUUCUUAUUUAAUAAUAAUUAAUUGAGUUAUCUGGACCAUCAGAUCAAUCCAAUGGCUGAGGGGGGCUUAGUCAAGUGACUAAGGACCCCCCUUAGUCACCAGAUCCGGACUCCUUGGGAUGGACUAUUAAGAAGAAGACGGUUGACGAGCAUUUAGUCAAAGUUCUGACGACAGUGCCGGCAGCUACAUCAUCCUCCACUCCACGGUGCCGACGAGAUGAAGCAUGAACUCAUUGGAGCGGGGCCGUGUCGGGCCUCGAUAGGCCCAAGAAAAUGGCGAAGAACAACGAGAGUAGUGAUGGCAAUGGGGCGGGACGGGUACCUCAAUUUUCAUGCCCCGUCUCACGUUACUACGGGUCGGGGCGAGUAAAACCCACGCGGGUACGGGGCGGGGCGGGUCGACCCAUUCUUACAUGUUGUUCAAAAAAAUACAAGUAAAUUUUACUUUUUACAAUAAUAGUAGAGAAAAACACUUUAAGAAUGAAAAAUAUUGAUAAUAGAAAGGAUAAUUGAGCCUAACAAGUUAAAAGAUCGACUCUAACUAGUUGAAAAAAGUCAAAAUAGGAGAAAUAUGUAUAGAUAUUGUAAGAAAUUGAGAUAAAUGAGUCUAGAACGGGGCGGGGCGGGGCGGGGCGAGUCGGAAGUAGAUACCCAUGUUCCACCCCACGCUACUGCGGGUCGGGUAAUACCCGCCCCAUCGCAGGUCAAGUCGGAUAAUACCCGCGGGGCGGGUUGAAAUUGCUGUCACUAAAUUACGAGAGGGAGGUUUUGAUCCAUUUGAUUUGCAUUUACAUCCGUGAUACAUGUUCGUGAACUACCAAAUCAAACCAAUCGCAUAAAAUGGAAUGCGGUGC